AUGUUCUCAAUACCGCAGCCGCCUCAGAUUAGUGAAACAAGCCUCGUUGAGGGGUGCCCGAUAGUGCAGCUGCAUGACUCUGACCUUGAUAUUGAGAAUCUGCUCAGUAUGUUGUACGAUUUUAUGGAGUAUAGUGCCCUUCCGAGUGCCCAUGGCGGUGUGAGCCUCCUGAAGAUCGCGACAAUGUUGCGUUUAGGCUGGAAGUACGAGUUCAAGAAUUUCUGGAAUGAGGGCCUACAUUUCUUAAGCCACGACUAUCCCGAUACGUUGGAAGGAUGGGACGCGCUUUAUCAAAAUGAGUUCAAUGGCAUCAACAGUCGACUAAUUGACAAUGUGCUAUUUAAAAUACGCAACGUCUCGAUGACAUUGGACGUCAUCGCUCUGGCCUAUGAGAUGGGCAUCAAAUCCGUUGUCCCUGCAUUCUACAUGUUUCUUUUGAGGUACCAUGGUGGUUCUCUUGCCGAAUUACAAGGAGCGUUUGAGAGCGGCAGACGUUGGGCCACCUUUGCUCUCCCCGAAACAGUUCUGGAAAGUCUCCUCCAUGGACGAGAAAAGAUUCAUGACGCCCUUGUAGAGCUCCCACUCGGAUGGCUACACAGUGGAACCUUUCCCACAAAGUUCGAGGGCUGUACGUCUCCUAAGACAUGCGAUGCUGCGCUGAGCACAGUGGUCCUGACUGUGCUGAGAGAAAGUGUUGGGUCAAAGAUGCGUUUCUUCACGAAGAAGCAAUCGGCGACAGAAUUGACGAAGGAUUUUUGUAAGGAGUGCGCAUCGGCAGUGCUGACUUUACAUCAUGAGGGGAGAGGGGCUCUUUGGAGGCUCUUACCCGAGUUUUUCGGGUUGAAUGAGUAA